UCCGAGUCUCGCUUAUUGUCUGCGCGAGUCGGUUCGGCCUUAUCAUCGGCUAGGUGUAUCAAGUUGAGAUUAGAGGAUUUUGAUUUUGUUCAUAUCUGACUAGGAGGUCAAUCUUUAGACCGCUUGGUCAGUUGUAAAGGCAUUAGAAAUUUCAUCCAGCCGGGUUUCUGGUGUUAUUCCUUUGUAAAUACUGUUAUUUGUAUAUACUGUAAAUGAUGACUUCGGUGGGUGGAAGCCGAGCCCGGAGCAACUGGGAGCAGACACAAGGACAGACACAGAACCAAUCACAGCACAAGCAGAGGCCUCAGGCCACUGCUGAGCAGAUCCGACUCGCGCAGAUGAUCUCGCACCACAAUGAUGCUGAUUUUGAGGAAAAGGUCAAACAGCUGAUUGACAUCACAGGCAAGGACCAGGAUGAAUCCAUGAUUGCGCUGCACGACUGCAAUGGAGAUGUCAACAGAGCGAUCAACGUACUGCUUGAAGGAAACCCGGACACGGACUCUUGGGAGAUGGUGGGCAUAAGAAGGUGUGUUGUCGGACAGGAAGAGAGCAGCCAGACGGAGGCUGGAGACGAAGGGAAAGAGAACCGCCAGGGGAGGAGGAGCUGGGAUGCGGAGAGUCGUAGGGGAGACUGUGGGAGGAGGGGCCAUGUGGCAGAGGGGCCAGCCGUGACUGACUUUCGUGGCCAGGAGAAUGGCCUGGAUGGGACCAAAACGGGCGGAAUAGCUGGCCGCGGCACAGAGCGAGGCAGGCGGGGCCGCGGCAGAGGACGAGGUGGGUCGGCCCCGGGAGCCGGUGGGAGGCGAGGAGGUCGAUUUUCGGCGCAGGGCAUGGGCCAGAUUGAUCAGGGCCCCAGCUAUGAUUUUUCAGGAGACGAGAGAACCUUUAACCCUGCGGACUACGCUGAGCCGACCAACACGGAGGACAGCUACGCGGGCGGGACCACCUGGUGCAACACCGGCAGCACGGAACAGGAGGACGGAUCCAGACUGGAGAUCACUGCCAAGUUUGACUCCGCUCCAGGAGCGUGGAGAACUGCUACAGAGGAAUGGGGAACAGAGGACUGGAAUGAAGACCUUUCAGAGACCAAGAUAUUCACUGCCUCCAGUGUGGCCUCCAUGCCUCUCCCUCAAGAGAACGUAACCAUCACUGCUGGACAGAGGAUUGACCUGGCUGUGCUUCUGGGUAAGACCCCACCCUCGUCCUCCUCCGCCGAGCCUGACCCCGCCUCCAUGGAGCCUCAGCAGCCUCAGUCACUCCCCCAGUCCCUGGUCUUCAGCAACUCCAAGCAGGCCACCCCCCUCUCCCAGCCCCCCGCCACCUCCUCCUACAACCAGCACAGCAUGGUGAGCAUGCUGUCCAAAGGCUUCGGGGAGGUCGGCGAGCCCAAGGCUGGCAGUGGCGGCCCGACCAGCGGUUCCCAGUUCCUGGAGCAGUUCAAGACGGCCCAGGCGCUGGCCCAGCUGGCCGCCCAGCACUCUCAGCCAGCUCCCCCCAGCACAGGGCCCUCCUCCUGGGACACAGGCUCCAGCUCUUUGGGCCAGUAUGAUCUGAAGGCAGGCCCCGAAGUGUCGGUGCACAGCCCCUUCACCAAGCGCCAGCCCUACCCUUCCUCCUCCACCUCUGCCUCCAUGAUGGACGCCUUCAUGCAGGAUAAAGCUACGCCCCCUCGGCCUCCCUCCUCGUCCGCUUCCCCUGCCGUCUCCGCUGCCUCGCCCAAACCGGGGGCUCACGGCCAGCAGGUGUCCCCCGGCCCUGCCGGGGAUCCGCACGGCGGCGCCGCCUCCCUGCCUCUGCAGCAGCAACAGAAGCUCAAACAGCAGAAGAAGAGAGCCUCCAUCACCACUAAGAUUCCAUCUAUGGCAGUAGAGAUGCCGGGCUCGGCUGACAUUUCGGGACUCAACCUGCAGUUUGGAGCGCUGCAGUUCGGAUCAGAACCGGUUCUUCCAGAGUACGAGGCCCAGGCGACCGUACCCAUGGCAACCCCUGGCAGCCAGUCGCAGAACAGCCUCUACACAAGUGGCAGCAGCGAGCCUACCCUGUCAAAUCCCAGCCAGAUGGAUCUCUAUGAGCAAAGAGCCAAUCAGGCGCGACGCUACCCUGCCUCCGUAUCCUCGUCCCCCCACAAGGACAUGCAGCCCAAGAAUGGGUUCAGCUCUCUCCAGACCACGCAAUCUCUAGAAGCUGCAGCAGGCUCUGCAGUGCCCGUGAAGCCCCCCUCAGAUGUCUCCGCCCCCUCCGUCUCCAGCAUGGGCUCAUUGGCUGAUGGCACGUCAGGACCCGGCUCCUUGUUGACCACAGCCAAUCAGACGUCGCUUAACACAAUGGGUCACAACGAAGACCCAUCCGCUAAUUCUAUGGCCCCACCCCAACACAACAAUUCACUCCCUCCCCAGCAGAACUGCCUGGCGUCAUCUUCAGUUCGUAGCGCUAACUCAAAUCUACUGCAUGGUGGGGUUGAUGGCGACUCCAGCCUCCACUCCUCCUCCUUCCCCUCGGUCUCUGGCGUGGGCCCUUCGUCCGUUCCCCCUUCCUCCUCUUCGUCAUCCUCGGGCGUGGCGGCGGUCUCCCUGAGCCCGGCGCAGCAGCAGCCCUCCUCCUCCUCCUCUUCCUCGGUGGGCUCGGGCCUCGGCCCCGUCAGCAGCCUGGCCAUGAGUCUGACCACCGCUGCCGGCGGCGCUACCUCCAUCAUUACCCCGCAGGUCGCUGCCGCGGCGAUCGCCUCUUCCACGGUCUCGUCCUCGGCGGCCGGCCCUGCAUCCUCGGCUUCGGCCUCCUCGUCACGCAGCACGGCUGCCUCAGGGAAAGCGCCUCCAAACCUGCCCCCUGGAGUGCCCCCCCUGCUGCCCAACCCCUACAUCAUGGCCCCCGGCCUGCUCCACGCAUAUCCGCCACAGGUAUACGGCUACGAUGACCUGCAGAUGCUGCAGACCAGGAUACCACUGGACUACUACAGCAUCGCCCCGUUCGCCACACCCACCACAGCUUUGACGGGCAGAGAAGGCAGCCUGACCAACAACCCUUACUCAGCUGGCGACCUGUCGAAGUUCGGCCGUGGCGACGCGUCGUCCCCAGCGCCGGCCACCACGCUGGCGCAGCCGCAGCAAAACCAGACGCAGACGCACCACACCACGCAGCAGCCCUUCCUCAAUCCCGGCCUGCCGCCCGGCUACAGCUACACCAGCCUGCCGUACUACCCCGGUGUCCCCGGCCUGGCUAACACCUUCCAGUACGGGCCGGCCAUGUUCCCGGUGGCGCCUACCUCGUCAAAGCAGCACGGCGUGAACGUGGGCGUGAACGCCUCCGCCACGCCCUUCCAGCAGGCCAGCAGCUAUGGUUCCCAUGGAUACGGCACGGGCUAUGAGGAUAUGGGCCAGGCUUCGGCGGGGAGUGGGGAUUUCUGUAAGGGCGGCUACGCCACGUCAGUGGCUGCUGCUGCCGCUGCUGCUGCUGCUGCUGCCGCCGCUUCAGCCGCACAAAACAAGCCGGCCAGCUCGGUCACUGGCCCAGGAGUCGGAGUGUCCGUGACCUCCAGCAACACUGGGGUUCCCGACAUUUCGGGAUCUGUUUACACCAAGACGCAGUCGUUUGAGAAGCAGGGUUUCCACGCAGGCACUCCUACGGCCCCCUUUAGCCUGCCGUCAGCCCUGGGCAGCGGGGGUCCCAUCAACGCCCAGGCUGCCGCCGGCUACGCCCCGGCCCCCUUCAUGCACAUCCUGACCCCCCACCAACAGCCCCACUCUCAGAUCCUGCACCACCACAUGCAGCAGGAUGGGCAGAGUGCCUCUGGACAGCGCAGUCAGGGUGCCUCCAUCCAACAGAAAUCCCAGAUUACCAAGUCGGCUUACAACAGCUACAACUGGGGAGGAAACUAACAACGUCCUCCCACAUACACACACUCAAACUGACGCACGCAUUAACACAUGUACACUUACACUCACCCACCCACACACACACACACACCCUCUCGUGUGACCUUUAACCUGAUGAAGUUCCCCUUGCCCCCUUUCCUGUGUCGCCCCACCGCAGUGUCCAACACUCGCCACCGAGGGGCGCUGUGAGACAGGGGCCGUCUUAAAGGCCGAGGGGGUUUGUUUAUGGUUGGAAAUGGCCACUUCCAGAGCCGAGCGUUGAGUGUUUGGACCCCCUGCUUUUUUUGUGUUUUUCUGCUUUUUUCUUUUAAUUUGAUUUUUUUUCUCUCCUCCGUGUUUCAGAAGUCCCGCUCUCCUCCCCAACUGCUCUCUAUUGUGUGUACCUAGAUCUACACCCCACCCUGCCCCAUUCCCACCUCUAAAGAAUGUCUAUAAGCUCGGCUCCUGUAUGCCUGUGUCGGAUUCUUUGUGUAUUUGUUUAUUUCUUCUCCUCUGUGGUUGAAGAGUGAGGGAGUUGUGACUGGAGCUUGGUGAUUAAUUUUGACACACACACACACACACAAACACACACUCUUUGUUACUUUUUGAGUUUUUACCUGGUUUUCCGUUUUGGUUUAAAAGGAUCUUUAAAAAUCGGCAAAGCAGUUGUGAAGUUUAUUUUUUACCAAAUAUGAAUAUAAAAGAUGUAUAAAAGUGAAAGAUAUAUAAGCAGAGUGUAUGUAUUUUGUCUGUGUGUGUGUGUGUGUGCCUGCCUGCCUGCGUGUGUGUGCGUGGUGGAGGGUGGCCUGUGUGUUGAUCUUGGACUCGUUAAUGUGGGGCAUGUUGUUAGCCCUCUAAGGCACCUUUCAUAUGUAUAAAAAGUCUUUAUUUUCCUAACUGUAAUCCCAAUCCCCAUCCCUGCCAUUUAUCUGGUCUCUGCAAGUUGUAGUCUUUCCCAUUUUGCUUGUAUGCGCAGAUUUUUUGCGUGUGUGCGUGUCAUGCAACUAAAUUAACCAGGGUGCCUAGCAAUGCUAUUCACUGAAGAGAUCAAAGUUCAUCCUAGGCCACCCUUGUGGUGUGUUGUUUUUUUUUUUUUCCUCCAUUCUUCCUCCUCCCUCCUGAAACCUCCCUUCAUUCUCCAUGGCAACCUGCUCCUAAUGGAUCAUUUAAAGUGAUUAUUUGGGAACCUGAAGCUGAGUUACAAUGGACAAAAUGUUUUUUUUUCCUUUUUUUUUUUUUUUUUUGUCAGUGAAUUUCUUUUUGUACUGUGCGUUUUAAAGAAAAAUAAUUAAAAUGGAUAAACUUGUCUUGUACAUAUAUAUACAUAUAUAUAUAAAAACACAAGUACUGUAGUCCUUGUUUGUUAGAUGGCUUUCCUCCCAAACCCCCUUCUCAGAUUCUCACAGACUUGUUAGGGUUUUUUGUUUGUUUCAUAUGUUUUUUAUUUUGUAAAAUAUCUAUAAAUAUUACGUAAAUAAACAGGAAAAAGACAUUUUCAUCA